UGGUAUCUAGAGCACUUAGUUCUGGCGCGAAUGAGGUCGUGUUUGAGACGCACUCCUGUCAGGCUGCUGUCUUGUCGCCAACGGCAAAAAUGAAGGCCUCGAGCAAGGGUGUCAAACGAAAAGCCUUGAGUGAAGUGCAACAGCAGCAGCUUAGUGUGAAGGGCCUCCUCCUAAGUCGAAAGCCCGCAGAGGCCGAGAAUUGCGGCAGAAAGGAGGACUCUAGCGGCAGUGGCCAGUACUGGAAGGAGCUUGCCGAACAGAGGCGCGUCGCACUCGAGGAGGCCCUCAAGGAGAACGAGCAGCUGCACCUGACGGUCGAGCUCCUGACUGCUGAGAACAAGCACCUGCAGAGUAUUGCAGACCAGGCACUGCCGUUGGCCGACCUCUUAAAGGAGUUCGCAAGAGAAGUGGACCAUUCUCAGCCGGAGUAGCUUGUGGAACCACACUUAUAAUUACUGUAUGUCACUUUGAAGUGCAUUCAUUUCGGAUCUUUGUUAGAAUGCUUCUACUGUAUAUUGACGUCACCAAUGGCAGUUUAGGUUCUAGACUUCUGCACCUCUGAAGAGUGACCGCUUGUGGGCCAACAUGAAAAAUGUGAAAUACUCAUCCAGAAGUUGGAAUGAAGUGGCGGCAAGCACCGAAAAAAUAAAACGAAUGUCCGGGUAACAA